AUGCCUCCAAAGGCCACAACAGCAACAAUGGGAACCCCCAACAGUGGAAACCCAGCCAAGGCCCCAAAGAAGAAACCUCCGACUCCAUUCGCCGUGAAACCCCUUGGGGCUUUCUACGUCUUCUUCAUUGCUAAUAUAAUUGCCGCACUGUAUGCGCCGAUCCAAGACUGCGACGAGACGUUUAAUUACUGGGAGCCUACACACUUCCUCAGCCAUGGCUACGGACUGCAGACCUGGGAGUACUCGCCCGAUUAUGCGAUUAGGAGCUGGCUGUAUAUUAUCCUUCACGCAUUGAUUGGAAACAUUAGGAGGCUGCUUCCAUUUUCCACAAAGAUGGGCGAGUUUUACUUCAUUAGAUAUAUCCUCGCUUUCGUAUGCGCCCUCUCCCAGACCAUAAUGUUCCGAGUUGUCAACAACACUUUGAACCCUCGAAUCGCAUUGUUCUUCAUGAUGGCCAUGGUCUUUAGUCCGGGAAUGUUCCAUGCGUCUGCCUCCUUCCUGCCAUCGAGUUUUGCCAUGUACAUGACAAUGUUGGGCAUGGCACAAUUUAUGAAUUGGAGGGGAGGAUUGAAGACCGCACAGGGAAUAUUCUGCUUCGCAAUCGGUGGGAUCCUCGGCUGGCCUUUUGCAAUGGCCCUUUCCGCUCCCUUUCUGUUCGAGGAGGUCGUCUUUGCGUUCUUGAGUAGUAAGGAUGCCCUCAUUGAUGCCGUCAUGAGAUUCAUCAGGGGCAUUGUUGCAGCACUCAUCGUCUUGUUAUUCGAAUUCGCAAUCUCUGGAUUCUUCUACAAGAAACUAGUCGUGGUGCCUUUCAACAUCGUCUUCUACAACAUGUUUAGCGAGCCAGGGAAAGGACCUGAGAUCUACGGAACCGAGCCCUGGCAUUUCUACAUCCGUAACCUCCUCCUCAACUUCAACAUCUGGUUCAUCCUCGCCUGCUUGUCCCUUCCUCUUUUUACCCUGCAAAAAAUAUUCUCGCGACAAUCGCAAGGAAGUACCAUCACCGGACUCCGAAGCGUCAUCUUCAUGACACCCUUCUACAUGUGGCUCGCCAUAUUUAGCUUUCAGCCCCACAAAGAAGAGCGCUUCAUGUACCCCAUGUAUCCAGCCCUUGCUCUAAAUGGCGCCAUGUCUUUGCACAUUGUCCUCGCUGCAUUCGGACAAUCAGACCCUAAGACCCUCGUGGGGAAAAUCCCCGCUAAGGUGAAACUUCUCAUUGUCAGCAUUUUCAUUUUUGGAUCUAUCGAUGCCGGCCUUGCUCGUAUCUUUGGAAUCUACACGGCCUAUUCUGCACCUCUGAAAAUAUACGAUCCAUUGGAAACUAUAGGCGCAUACGGGGACUCUAUUUGCUUUGGGAAGGAAUGGUAUCGCUUCCCAAGUUCUUACCACCUCCCUAAGAACAUGCGCGCCAAAUUUGUCAAGAGCGAAUUCAGUGGUCUUUUGCCAGGCGAAUUCUCUGAGGCCAAGACGGGUUUCGGUUAUUGGUCAGGCGCGUAUCUGAUUCCUUCGGGAAUGAACGACGAAAAUAUCGAAGACAAAGGAAAAUAUGUAAGAACACCCCUCCCUCUCAUUCUCCGAUCCUCCACGUUAACACAGCAUGACCAGGUUGAUAUCCGGUCCUGUGAAUUUCUAGUCGACACCUAUUAUGACAACUCAACGGCUUCAGUAUACGAGCCACACUACGUGAAAGACGUUGAGAACUGGGACAUCGUGAAGUGCGAGAAGUUCCUCGAUGCGGGAAAGUCGCAUCUCUUAAGCCGGCUGAUAUGGGUUCCUGAUUUCUCGCUCAUUCCCGAGCAGUACAGGCGCAAAUGGGGAGCGCAUUGUUUAUUGAAAAAGAAAGCAAGUGCAUAG